GUAUUGGAUUUCCUCAGGUGAAAAAACAAAACCCAAGACCACAGAGCUAACUGCUUCUCAGCAGGCCUUCACUGAGGAAGCACCUUUUGAGGAACGCGUGACACAGGCAGCCUCAAGAGAGUCCAGGUUGGGGCAAGCGAGAGAUCAGGAAAAGCUAUCAGAAAUGCAGGAAGGGAACUUGAGGCCAGGAACAGACCCUGACAAGGAGACAUGCCCUAGGAAGUUGAGCCAUAAACCUGACGAUUCGGAAACAGAUGAUAGUCUGUGUUUAAGGGUUUUACAAGAGCGAGUCACUACACAAGAUGCUCUGCAUGAACAUGAUUCACAAGGACCAGGAAAAGACCCUGUGAUUGAUGCAAGAAAUAACCUCUACAAAUGCAAGGAAUGUGGAAAAGGGUUUAGCAAGAAUUGGGCCCUUGUUCGGCAUCAACAGAUUCAUGCUGGAGUGAAGCCCUAUGAAUGCAGUGAAUGUGGGAAGGCCUGUCGUUAUAUGGCAGACUUCAUUCGACAUAUGAGGUUUCAUACUGGGGAAAAACCAUACAAGUGUAUCGAGUGUGGGAAGGCCUUCAAACGCAGGUCUCACCUCACAGAGCACCAGCGUGUUCACACUGGAGAUAAGCCCUAUGAGUGCAAAGAAUGUGGUAAAGCUUUCACCCACCGCUCUUCUUUUAUCCAGCAUAAUAUGACCCACACUAGAGAAAAGCCCUUUUUGUGCAAAGAAUGUGGGAAAGCUUUUUACUACAGCUCUUCGUUCGCUCAACACAUGAGGAUUCACACUGGAAAGAAACUCUACGAGUGCAGUGAAUGUGGAAAGGCCUUUACUCACCGCUCCACUUUUAUCCAGCACAAUAUGACCCACACAGGAGAAAAACCAUUUUUGUGCAAAGAAUGUGGAAAAGCUUUUUGCCUCAACUCGUCCUUCACUCAGCACAUGAGGAUUCACACUGGAGAAAAACCCUAUGAGUGCAGUGAGUGUGGAAAGGCUUUUACUCACCGCUCCACUUUUAUCCGGCAUAAGAGGACCCACACUGGGGAGAAGCCCUUUGAGUGCAAAGAAUGUGGGAAAGCCUUUUGUGACAGCUCUUCCUUAAUUCAACACGUGAGGAUUCACACUGGCGAGAGGCCCUAUGAGUGCAGCAAAUGUGGAAAGGCCUUUACACACCACUCUGUUUUUAUCCGACAUAACAGGACCCACAGUGGAGAAAAACCCUUGGAAUGUAAAGAAUGUGCAAAAGCCUUUUACUACAGCUCUUCCUUUACUCGACACAUGAGGAUUCACACUGGAGAGAAGCCGUAUGUAUGCAGAGAAUGUGGAAAGGCCUUUACCCAACCUGCAAAUUUUGUUCGGCAUAAUAGGAUCCACACGGGAGAAAAACCCUAUGAGUGCAAAGAAUGUGAGAAGGCUUUUUGUGACAACUUUGCCUUAACUCAGCACAUGAGAACUCACACUGGAGAGAAACCCUUUGAAUGUGGUGAAUGUGGAAAGGCCUUCAGCCACAGUUCAUCCUUCACUCACCAUCGAAAGAUUCAUAAGAGUUUAAAAGAUGUAGGAAGGCCUUUUGCAAGUGUGUCCACUUCAGUUUUAGUGAAUCUUACUGGUGAAAUACCUUUCCUUUUGAAUAUAAGUAUUCAAGAAAAUCUUUUGGCUAGAGAAAUACCUUACUCAGUAUCUGAUAAUUCAUACUGAAGAGAAACAUCAUAAUCGUCAUCCCUGUGAAAGGUUUUUGUGGCAGGUCAUCUAAAGGGUCAUUAGAAAUUGACCCAGCCUAAAGCCUUACAUUACACCUGAGAAUCAUCCAGGAGAGAGACCCAGUGGUUAUCAUGCAUUUAGGAAAAAUGUCAACAACAAUUCUUCCCAUGUUUAUACCAGAAAUUCAUCUCAAGGGUAUUUUAAAAGAACAAGGAGAAGUAGAGGAGAUGUAUAAGAGAAAGGAAAAAGAAAUGCAUAUAUGGCUUCUUUUUAAUUUCCCUGCCAAGCUUAUGACAGUUUGUCAUUGCAGGGAGAGGUGUUGGGGUUAUGAGAGAUAAAAAGGCCUCGUCCCCUUUAUGUAUUUUUUAUACAUCCAUAGCCAGGAGGCUUGGACCAUCGAAGGCAGCUCUUCCAACAUUUAUUAAAAGUAUUCUUUAUUCCAAAACAUUGUCAUGUCUGCCCUUGAGAAGCAUAAGUCUUUGUGAGAAAUAUAAAGGCCUGAGUUAUGAAAUACUUAUUACAAAUACACACACAUGCAUAUAUAUGUGCAGUUAAUUCUUGUUAUUGAUGGUAGUUAUAGUCUG